GCUCGCCCCGCCCUUCUGUCAUAGGGGAAGGUGCAGCACACCGUCACCUCCAGGACAGCCCGCAGCAGCAGGGAAGCCACUGGUGUCCCUUGGUUACGGGGCUGGGGGGUGGAUAGAGCUGUGAGGAGACCAGUCCACACUUCUUCCGGGAGAGCAGGGAGCCGCCCCCUCCCCUCUGAUCCCUCCAUAUACUUACCUGCUGCUAAUCCUCACCGGACAUCACCGAACACACAUCAACAUGACUGAGCUCCGGAGGAGAGGCCCGGGGGAGACCGAGUCCGACAACACCAGUGACAAGGAAACAGCAGAGGAGAAACAUGCAGAGGUCGAUGCAGACUCUGCAUUUGAGACAGAUGCUCCAGAUGUUUCACCAGCUACCAAUAGCACACCGCAGGUGCUCACCAAUGCUCUGUCUGGCUUGUCAUCCAGAUGGAAAAAUUGGUGGAUACGUGGCAUUUUUAGUUUAACAAUGAUUACAUUGUUUUUUAUGAUUAUUUAUAUGGGGCCAGUGAUGAUAAUAAUUUUGGUAUCCGCUAUACAGGUGAAAUGUUUCCAUGAAAUAAUUUCAAUUGGCCACAGAGUAUAUCGUUCCUAUGAGUUGCCAUGGUUCAGAUCUCUGAGCUGGUACUUUCUCUUGUGUGUUAAUUAUUUUUUCUAUGGAGAGACAUUGGCAGACUAUUUUGCUUCAUCAUUACAAAGAGAAGAGGCCCUUCAGUUCCUCAUUCGGUAUCACCGUUUCAUAUCAUUUGCACUUUAUGUUAUAGGUUUCUGCAUGUUUGUGUUGAGUUUAGUGAAGAAGCAGUACCGUCUUCAGUUUUACAUGUUUGGAUGGACUCAUGUCACUUUGCUGAUCACUGUCACUCAGUCUCAUCUUGUCAUCCAAAAUCUUUUUGAAGGGAUGAUCUGGUUUUUAGUUCCAGUGUCCAUUGUCAUCUGUAAUGAUAUCAUGGCUUAUCUGUUUGGGUUCUUUUUUGGCAAGACACCAUUAAUAAAGUUGUCACCCAAAAAGACUUGGGAAGGUUUUAUUGGUGGAUUCUUCCUAACCAUAAUAUUUGGAUUAAUUUUCUCCUACAUCUUAUCUCAGAUUCAGUACUUCAUAUGCCCUGUGGAAUUCAACAAUGAAUCAAACAGCUUUUCUACCGGCUGUGAACCACCUAUGAUCUUCAGGAUACAUGACUAUGCUGUACCUUCUUUUCUACAGUCAAUACUGGGAUGGAAAACAGUCAAGAUGUAUCCAUUCCAGUUUCAUAGCAUUGCUCUCUCCACAUUUGGAUCAUUGAUUGGGCCAUUUGGAGGAUUCUUUGCCAGUGGCUUUAAAAGAGCUUUUAAAAUUAAGGAUUUUGCUGACACCAUUCCCGGACAUGGUGGAAUUAUGGAUCGCUUUGACUGCCAGUACCUGAUGGCAACCUUUGUGCAUGUUUAUAUUGCCAGCUUCAUAAGAGGUCCUAAUCCCAGCAAAGUCUUGCAGCAACUUCUCGUGCUACAACCUGAACAGCAACUAAGCAUCUACAAAUUGUUUAAGGCACAUUUAAUUGAGAAAGGAGUAAUUCCAGCAUCAGUUUCUGACCUGUAACGUAAACCUAUGUCGGAUACCAAAACUAAAACACAUCAGACUUAUUGCACUGAGUGAAGAGCUUUCAACCAAAGACUCAUCUUUUUUCCUCUACCUGGAUAGUCUCAGACUCUUCAACAAAGGCACAAAGCUGCCUUAUUUUAUAUAAAUGUAUAGACACAGAUGGGGAAAAUUGCUAAGUGAAGAUCUGAUGGUUGAAAUUGGAUCUUUCCAGACCAACGUAUAGAUACGUAUUAGCCCAGUAGGUUUUAAUCCUUCAUAUGUAUACCGAAGAACUGGAUCGGUCAUUGCUUGUUGUAUUGGACAGUCCUACAUCUAUUACUGCAUAAACUUUGUACAGUAUAUCAUUCUUCUGUUGAGUAAAGGCAUCCAGGCCUCCCAUUUAUUUCUA